UUUCUCGCUUCCUUACAUCUCAGGUCAAUUCCUUACAUCUCAGGUCAAAUCAUGUCCGGCUACCCUCAUAACCCCUCCGGCUAUGGCGCCCCAGCCCAACCCUACGGUGCACCGCAACCCUUAGCCGUGUACGGUGCACCGCCACAAACAAAACCCCAAAAAGACUACCACAAACCCUCCUCCUCACCCUACGGAAUACCUCAACGAGACGAAUACUAUGGUAGUGUGCCGGUUACAUUUCCGCCGGGGACAGAAACUAACGCAAUGUCAUGCUUUUAUACCAUCGAUAAGGACAGUGAUGGAAUCAUCGACGAUAAGGAGUUGCAAAAGGCGUUGUUAUCGUACAAUGAUCAGAGCUUUAGUAUCCCUACUGUUCGUCUUCUUAUGUAUGUGUUCACCAAGACCAACACUAGGAAGAUCGGACCUAAAGACUUCCCUCAAGUUUUCCGCACUUUGCAGAGCUGGAGGGGGACUUUUGUGAAAUUUGAUAUAGACGAUAGUAGAAUGAUCGAUGCCAAUGCACUGAGAGAUGCACUUACUAGCUUGGGCUUUGUGGUUUCGCCUGUGGUUUUGGAUCUACUGAUGUCCAAGUUCGACAAGACUGGUGGAAAGAAUAAGACGAUCGAAUACGAUAAUUUCGUCGUGUGCUGCUUGAUCGUUAAGGGGCUAACGGAAAAGUUUAUGGAGAAUGAGACGUCGUACUAUGGCCAAGUCACUUUUAGUUAUGAAGCGUUCAUGUUGACCAUUUUGCCCGUCCUCAUUGCUUAGAUUUCUGUUUAUAUAUUUUUCUCAGAACUUUUCUUUCUUAAUGUUACUUUUAUUUCUUUUGUGA